UGUGGAAAAGGCAAUAUGUAUUUACAUGGCACAAAAUUUCAAAGGUAUGCGGGGAGAAGCCUGCCUCCCACCUCUGUCCCCCAGGCCCUGGAGUCCCAGCAACACUGUCAGCCUUUUCCUUCCAGCCUUGCCCACGGUCCUGUGCGCACUCCUUUCGCGGGAGAUCGCUGGUUCUUCUCGGGCUUCUGGCUCCUUUCUCGUGGCCGCCGGGCUUCCCCGCGCCGGGACGCACUGCGCACCGGGCCGCCGCGGCGCGCGCCUGCGCCCCCUGGCGGCCGUGCCCCGCGCAGCAGCGGCCGCGCGCCCCGCCCCGGCCGCCGCGGGCCUAGCCGAGGGAGGGGUCGCGGAGGCGGCCGCGGCGUCAGCGGCGGCCCGAGCGGUGGGAGCCACGGCGCCGGAGCAACAUGGCGGCGCGAGUGCUGCACGCCCGCGGAGCGGCCUCCGCCGGCGGCCUCCUACAGCGGGCGGCCCCCUGCAGCCUCCUGCCCGGGCUCCGUCCACCUCUGGAGGUAUGAAGGAGGCUAUCCCGCCCUCACGGAGGUCAUGAAUAAACUCAGAGAAAAUCAGGAAUUUUUGCAUUUCCGGAAGGCAAGAAGCAACAUGCUUCUUUCCAGGAAGAACCAGCUGCUAUUAGAAUUCAGUUUCUGGAAUGAGCCUGUUCCACGGCCAGGACCUAAUAUAUAUGAACUCAGGUCUUACCAGCUUCGACCAGGAACUAUGAUUGAAUGGGGCAAUUACUGGGCUCGUGCGAUUCGCUUCAGACAGGACGGUGAUGAAGCUGUUGGAGGAUUCUUCUCUCAGAUUGGACAGUUAUACAUGGUGCAUCAUCUUUGGGCUUACAAGGACCUUCAGACAAGGGAAGAUAUACGGAACGCAGCAUGGCAUAAACAUGGCUGGGAAGAAUUGGUGUAUUAUACAGUUCCACUUAUUCAGGAAAUGGAAUCCAGAAUCAUGAUCCCACAGAAGACCUCUCCCCUCCAGUAGAGCUGCAGAGUUUAGAUGUGCCUACAUAAAUUCAUGUGACAAGUAUUUGUCAUAAAUUAAUUUUAACUGUAUAUCAAGUGAAAAACACUGAAGUGUAAACUGCUGUAUAUAGCUUAUGAGAGAUCCCUUUUCUUUAAAAUUUAUGUAAGUCUAAGAAAAGGAAACUUACAGUUUGAUUGUAACAGUGCUCUGUAGUCCUCUUUGAAACACCCCUGUGUUUGUUGAAUAAACCUGGUAAUACUGAACCAUCUUUCCCACCCUCCGGGAAAAGAGGGCCCAAAUUAAAAAUUUGAAUCCUCUCUAAAUAAGAAUCUAACCAUGAAAAAAAUAUUAAUCAUUUCUUUUAAAAAGCAAAUCUGUCUUAUAGUUACAGAUUUUUAGACAAAUUUCUUGUAUCAGGAAGAAAUACAAAUUUUGUCAUGUUUCUCUGGCAGUUUUUUUGAGUCUCAGACUAGGAACAAAUUAUGAGUAAACCCAAUCUGACUGUUUUCGUUCACUCCCAUUUUCAAUCAGUCGGCAUAGUGAAUGUCGUCACUAAGAUGAUCACGCUGCCAGGGUACAUUGAGGCUGAUUCAGUCCUUGCACAGCGUGAGGUGAUGUCUCUAUAUGAGAGGGGAAAUGGCUUGAACCUGUAUAUCAUGUGAUUUUGAAAUGGACACCUUGAAUAGUACUAAUUUUUAUUUGUAAUAUUUUUCUAUAACAAAAUGAGAAGCACUUGAGAAAGGUUUUAUUUUAUAAACAAUCAUUCAUGACCUCAGACAUUGUCCAUUCAUAUUCUAGUAAGGUCACAGCAGAUACUUCCACAAUCAUGCAUGAGGAGUGGUGUGUGCUGAGAUUUCAGUUGGCAUAAAGCUGCAUACUUGUCUAGCUCUGUUUGAUUUCUGAUUUCGUUUUUUAAUAUAGUGUGCCAGUUUUGUGACUGUAAUCAUGUAAAAGUCCUCUUGAAAUGAAAAAUUGUCUGAUCCCCAAAUUAAGUAAUUUAUGUGUAAAAUAAAGUGUGAAUAAAUCUCAUAUCAAAUUUCAAACUUUUACAUGUGAAUGAUUUUCUCCAAGAACAUAUAAAAGUCAAUAAAAUUCUCUGACUUUUCACAUA